GCAACAGGACCCACGACACACGGGUAGCAGCUUUCACCUUGCUUUCUCUCUCUCUCUCUCACCAGCAUUCCACAACACGACACACCGCGUCACAAAGAAAGUUAAGCCCUCGACAUUCACACCUGCACGGCUUCAGGAGCAUAAAGAAAGAAGUGGGGAAACCGUCGUCGCUAAAAUACUGCUCUCAUCUCAUCUCGCAUAAAACGAACGGGUGCACUGAUUACAACGCUCAUUCCUUCCACUGCUGGUCCCGUGGAUGGUAUUGACGCUGGCUCCGAGCUAAAUUCAAAGUUUUUUCUGCUUCUUCUUCUAAUCAUCACCUCAUACACUCGGGCAAAUAUUGGAGAAAGCAUUUAAGACUAAAUAGAUUGCAAAAGUUUGAGUUUGACUGCAGAAAAGUAUUAAAAGUUGCGUAACCAACGAUCAUUUAUUUAAUUCAGGAGGGAGUCUAUCGUGCACAUUUUUAAAUCAUGGAUUCGGAGAGAUCUUCCCUUCGAAGUCGUCCAGAUAGCAAAAAAAGGUCGGCUCUCUGGAAUCGUCUCCUCACAAAGCCAGAACAGCUCAGAGAAAUUCUCAGAAUGGGAUAUCACUGCUCAAGUGUCACUCUCAGACAUUACGAUGAAAUCGAGGCUGGACUUUAUCUCGGAGAUAUGAAAACUGCCAAAAGCCUCAUGCAUUUGGAGAAACUGGGUGUCACUCAUAUAAUCAAUGCAGCCUACACGCCGUCUCCUUACACGGAUCGAGAGCUGUCUCAAGAGUACUAUGAGUACAGGAACUUUGACUGCUACUUCUUCGGCAUUGCGGCCCUAGACUUUCCAAGCUUCAAGAUUGGACUCUACUUUGAAGAAACUACAAAUUUCAUUCAUGACGCUUUAAAAAACGGGGGCAAGAUUUUAAUUCAUUGUCAAGUCGGUGUGUCACGCUCUGCAACGAUCGUCCUUGCUUAUUUGAUGAUGAAAAGGAAAAUGUCAGCCAUUGAAGCGGUCGCAUAUGUUGGAGCAAUCAGGCCAAUUUAUCCGAACAUGGGAUUUCUGGAACAAAUCUGCGAAUUGGAAUACAGGCUGAAAAAUCCGAGAAAUGUUCUUGUCCGGAGCUUGUCGACUAUGUCACGACGAACUUUCAGCAAGGUCUUCAGGAGGAAUAAGAAAUGAUUACUGGUUGUAAAACUCAGUAACAAAUUCCGAUCCGAUUAUUAUGAAACUGUAAAAGUUGUUGUACUAUAACUAUGAACCAAUAUCCCAUCAAUCAAUCAAACAAUCAUGAUAAAUAAUUGUGGAAUUUUAGAUUUGAGAUCUAUUACAACAGUUGAAUAUAUGUAGAGAUAAAUACAUACAUAGUUUAUUUAUUAUCAAUGCAGGCAUUUGUAAUAAAUGGCCGUAAUAUUUGUAUAGUAUAACAAAAUACUCAAAAAGAUAUAUAACGUGAGUUUUGUAAAACUGUAACCAAUUUAUGAACACAAAAGAGGUUUGUUGCUAGCAUAGUUUCUAUUUUACUAAGAGUAAACUAACAUUUAACAAGCGGAAUGUAGUACCUGUAUUUUUU